AAGUGUCUGAAGUGUUUGAAGAGUGGCAGCAUAGGCAGAUGAAAUUGAAGUUGACGCACCGAGUUGUGAGCUGUGUUCGUAGACUCUAUCAUUUGCGAUGUGCUAUCAUUUUUUAUGCUUAGGCUAGUCUAUAUUUAACCAAGUAAGUUCCACUACACUGGGAAUAUCUUAUCCGAGAGAGACUUGACCAAGAAGACAGCCAUACAGUCGCAAACAGCUGGAGACAGCACAGCACAGUAUAAGAAACCGAACAAAGUAGGCAAAAAAUACUUGGUUGUGUCAUGUUUUGCAAAAUAAAGAGUAAGACAGAAAGAAGCAUGCUAUGGCAUUGUUCAGGUGCCCACAGGGCCGUGGUUCUGCCGUAAGUGUGAGUCACAGGAGAGGGCGGCGCGCGUGAGAUGUGAACUGUGCCCCCACAAGGAUGGCGCCCUCAAGAGGACAGACAGCGGAGGCUGGGCCCACGUUGUGUGUGCACUCUAUAUCCCCGAGGUGCAGUUUGCCAACGUCCUCACCAUGGAGCCCAUCGUCCUGCAGUAUGUCCCCCAUGAGAGAUACAUCAAGACAUGUUACAUCUGUGAGGACCACGGGAGGGAGAGCAAGGCUGCCUGCGGAGCUUGCAUGACCUGUAACAGACAGGGCUGCAGACAAGCUUUCCAUGUCACCUGUGCUCAGAUGGCUGGGUUGUUGUGUGAGGAGGAAGGUCCAGAAGCUGACAAUGUGAAAUACUGCGGCUACUGCAAGCACCAUUACAGCAAAAUGCAGAAGAAGUUGCGCUCCAGUGAGAAUACAAGUAGCUCCUUUGGCCACUCUAGGGGGCGCUCCAGCUCUCCUUCACAGGACAAACACCACCACCACAGACAGAGGAAGGUAAGCACAGAGAGUCAUAAGGACAAGAUGCGACAAAAGGAGCGUCACAAGAAGUCUUCUGAUAGCCUGAGCUCCUCAAUGACCAGCAGUUUAGACAAGAUCUCCUCAAGUCAUCACAGCAAGGACAGUGAGGGAAAGUCCAAGAAGCUGAGCUCUCACAGCCUUGGUCAUCGCAGCAAGAAGACAGGAAGCACCGGCAAGAGCUGCUCCUCCUCCUCCUGCUCCUCUAGUCCAUUCAACACAGGUGGCUCCCUGUCUUCGGCUCAGGACUUCCACCAGUUCUCUUCUUCCUCACGUCUGGAGCGCGACCACGACCGAGGUGGUGAUGACCACAGUGGCGAGGACCGUAAGGAACGUCACAGGAGGACAGUAGUCCAAGAGGAUGAAGAUGAGGAAGAUGAUGAAAAGGAAGAGGACAAAGAUGAGGAGGUUGAAGAGGAGGAGGAAGAGGACAGUAAAUACCACAAGCCACCGGCGCUGACCCCUGCCGAUGGCCCCCUUACAGGGUCACAGGGUCACGACAGAUCAGAGGGCAAUGGCAGCCCUUUCGAAACCAAGGUCACCAUCUCUACCUUUGGAUCCAUCAUGCGCAUCACUUCCUCCUCAGGCCUGGGCAGCAGCAGCAAGAUCCGUAAGAUCUCCACCUCAGCAGACUACAAACCGUCCAAGUCCCUGUGCAAACCCUCUCACCUUACCACACCCCCUAUCCUGGAGGAGGCAGACCUAGAGGACAAAGCCACCCCCCCGCCACUACCUCGCGAGAGGAGGCACCGCGGAAACAAGAAGAGCCGUCACGGCCCGGGGCGUCCGCGAGGGAGUAAGAAUCGAGAGAGGAGGGAAGAGGAACACCAUCACCACCACCAUCACACUGCACCUCCUCCUCCACCCUUAACCUCUUCGCUCUAUCCCAGCCCAUCUUCCAUUCCCCACCCUGCCUUCCCCUCCACCCUGCCACCCACCGCCACCUCCUCUUCUUCUUUCUCAUCCUCCUCUGCCGGCAGUUUUUCCGCAGGCCGCAGCAACUCAUUGCUCGGCUCUGGCAUCUACUCCAGUCUCAAGGACCCUCUCACACUGGGUGGGGGUGUCUGCAGUACCCCUCUUUCCCUAGGUGGAGGGGUGUGUAGCACCUCCUUGUCCCUAGGAGGGGGCAUGUGUAGUACCCCUCUUUCCUCAGGACUUCUCCCAUCCCACGUCUCCACUCUCUCUCUUCCUUCAGUCAAUGCUGUCUCAAACACACAGGUCCAUCCAGGUUCCAGUACUUCAUAUAGUCUGACUUCCUCUCAGCCUUUUGCCAGCUGUCUCUCCACAGCCCCCACACUGCCACCACUACUGAGCCAAGCCCAGACCUCACUGCCAGAGUCCGAUCUUGAUGACUGUCGCUUCCCAUGUCAGGGGAACUCACCAAGAGAGAGCCUUUCUUCACAGUCUCCUAUGAGCUGUCUUCCUCUUCUGUUCGACCAGAGAGAUGGGUUGGGUCCCGGGGUUAGAGCCCGUCCAGAGAAUGUCCCUCCAGCCAGCUCCCACAUUGAGCUCCUCCUGGAGAAACAUGGCAACGGGGAGAUGGGAGUCAACAUUGUGGAGAUGCUCCAGUCACUACACUCCCUGCAGCAGGAGAACCAGCGUCUCCAGGACCAGAUCCUCAGCUUGACGGCCAAGAAGGAGCGACUACAGUUGCUCAACGUGGAGCUGGCCGUGCCUUUCCCUCCACAAGCCCACUCUGCCCAGGGAUCCAUGCACACCUCUGCACAGAUCAACUUCCUCUCAUCCACCCAAGACCCCCUAAGCACCAAUAAGAGCCCCCUCUCCAAAAGCUGCUUCCUGAAUGACACCUCCUUCGUUACCUCUUCUGAGGAGCUCCACUCCGGCAGUCCGUCCCGCAGUAGCUCCUCCCUCUCCUUCCAGAGCACCCCCCCUCCUCAGCAGAGCCCCGCCUCCUUCGGCCAGCCCCUGCUGAACGGGUUGACUCGUGGUUUGAGUGAUGGGCUGGGGACCAUCAGUCAAGCUGGCAGCUCCACUCUGCCUGUUGUGGGUGGCCUCAUGGCUUCCCUGGCAGGCAGUCCGCAGCUGAACAUGAAUGGUGUGCUGGGCAGUCUAAACGGGGUAAUCCAGUCACCGGUUCAGAGCACCCCCCAGCCCACGCUCCCCGCUCUGCGGCCCCAGCCUCCACCUCUCAACCCCCAAGCGCUGGCACAGGGGUUCCAGCUGCCCAAGAGUGUGAGCCCGUCCUCUCUCCUGUCAGAGCAGCAGAAGCAGCUUCUCCUCCAGCAGCAGCAGCUCCAGCAGUUCCUCACCUCACAGAACUUCACUCCUGAGCAGCAGGUGGUGGUGUACCAGAUGCUGCAGCAGCAGCAGCAGAGACAAAGAGAGCUACAGCGCCUCACGCUGACAGGAGCACUCACCUCCACCCCGACCUCACCCAUGAUCGCCCAGUCACCCAACCUGCUCUCCUCAGCAACAGCCUCACCCCUGCAGGGCGGCCAAGGAAACAGUCUCUUUGGCCUGCAGGACACUGCACUUCACAAGCCUGGGGCUGCAGGAGAGAAGGGUGGAGACAAGAAUGGCUAAGAUUUCUUGUUUAAAUGGGAGCAGCUGAAAUCACCAUACGUCAUUCAAACUGAUCUGCCCCAUCAAGAUCUGAAGUCAACUUAAAUAUCUCAUCCAAGACUUAUCCGUCUUUCCUUCUCUGUCAUCUUUAUCUUACACCCUCUUUUAUGAAUGUAUAAUGGGACUGACUUAAGCGUUAAGCAAUUUUUUUUUUUUUUUUUUUGUGAUUUCAAAUUCUUUAUAUCAGAGGUUCCUCUCAUAGGUUUUUGUGUAGGCAGCUUUCAGAGAGCAUGAAUACAGUGGUCUCUUAUUAAAUUGCACUAAUUUGUUAGCUAGACCAAUGGGGCUGCUUCUGUAGGCAGAGCUCGAGUUCCUACUUAUCUCUGCAUGUGUUCUGCAGGGUUUUGGCUAUAAGUUUGAACUCUGGCGAUAUUAGGUCAGAAUGUCUUACUUUUGACUUCUCAAGCACUGACCGGUAUUAAUUUCCCCCAUGGCUUGAACCAAUGUUUCCAUUCAAUCUGUCCUCUCCGAGGACACUGAGAAUCAGACUUCUGCCACCUCUUGAAACCUCAACUGUCUUCCUUGAUAUUUUGUCUUCCCUUUGUUUUCACCCUACCCAAAUUUCAUCCAAAUCUAUAUAUCACAGUCUCACACAAGCACCUGUUACAUAAAGGAUAAUGAUGCCACCGUUUUCAACAUGUGGGUCAUGUGUCAUUUUGACAUUAAUAUUGGUUAUUAUCUCAGACUUAUCUGCCAUUUGUUUCCAUACUGAGAUGUUUGGUACCCGUUUUGUGCUGACUCAUUAACGCGAUAGCCUUCACUGGAUGUAAAAGUCUACCAGAAAUCUCAGGAAUGAAAAAAUGCACCAAACAAGUCUGAGGUAUUAAUCCCUGUGAAUGCAAGAAUGGCACCGAACCUACUUUAAAAAUGGCACUGUUGUCCAGUAGAGACUUUAAAGUUGAGCGCCAGGUUUUAUUCAACCCCUCCUGAGAAUUUCUAGAGAAUUUUAUAUCCUACCAGUUGCUACCGAGAUUAAGCAGACUAAACCAAACAUUUGGAAAUUGUAAGUAAGAAAUUAAUUGUAUUUCCUAAACCAGUGUGCACUUUGCAUGUUAAUAGCUAACAGAGCAAAUUAGCCAUCAACAAAGUACCUUGUAAAGGAUGUUGGGUACUUAAUAGGCCACUAGGGACUGACAAGUUUUUGAUUUUAUAUGAGUAUUUUGCACUCUGUCCUGAAGUGUGUUUUUUUUUUUAUGUUACUUUCGUACAUAGAUAUUCUUUUCAUGUUUGGCAACUAGUUGUUCUUUUAGCAAUACUGGAUAGAUAAUGCCUUAAUGAUGCUAGAUACACAGAGAAAAUCAAGAGCCCAAAGGCUUAUUCUCUUGUCAUCUUACUUUGAUAGUGUUUUUAUACGGGGUACAUGGAGGACUUAAUAAAGUGAAAGCACUCCUCCUAAGCCCAUUUAUACUUUUGAUAGGUAACAAUGAUAAUUUCAACAGUUGUGUGAAUUGAAUAACCGUAGUGAUAACUAAAGUGUCAAAUCAUUUUGUAUUGUAAUUUUGUCUUCAGAUGCAAUGUUCUUUUGUUGUUUGUGCUUUGGAGAAGUGAGAAACGAGGACUUGUUGAAAAUCUUACAGUAAAGCCUGCACAGUGGUGUCAUAGGAGAUAGUUUGAGCAGACGUUUCGACUAGCUGAAGACGGCCACAUUGGAAACUGUUGCUGAAGGGCUGUUGCGACCGUGUAGAGUUACUAGUGUAGUUGUUAUCAGCUCUGGACGGCGUGUUUUGCCGGUGCUGUUGCUGUACAACAUCAUGUUGGCUUUUCCUUCUGGACUGUGUUGAAGCCCGCGUUCAGAACACAAGCUAACUCUUAGACUAUGAUAAGCUUCUCUUUCCUUCCAGUACACGUAACUUUGUAGUAUUUCUAUCAAUCUUAUUCACUAACAAAUGCCACUCAACUACAUUUCUGUCUCUCAAGCUAAGGGAUUAUUUAUUUUCUCAUAUAUUUUCUUCUGUGUUCUUUAAAAAAUGCUUAGGCCUUUUCAAGUUCUCUUCUGUUUGCAUUCUUAAACAUGAUCUCCCAUACAUGUGAUACCUGAGUACUAGGUUGUUCUGUUAGUAGUUAAUGUAGGUGUCAGUAAGGAACUUCAAGCAACGUAUUAGUUGUUGAAAAAUACUGUAGCAAUGACUGAAGGAGAAUGUUUAUUACGUUGAUAACCCAUGAGUCUACACGUUGACAUGACUCCUAGAGGGAGGUCUGCAAUUUACCAAGUAUGUCCUUAUGAGUCGCCUCGAAACCGAGGCAAAGUCCAGGCAAGAAAAACGUCCAAGAGAUUGACUGAAAGAGUGCUGCGAAGGAUUUUUGAAGGGGUUUCUUUCUCAUGUUGCACUGGGGCAUUUUGGGCCCAAUUGUAAAUCGUUUUUUAGUACCUUUUCAAUUUUGUUGGAAUACAAGUUGUAUACUUUAAUAUGUUUGUGUAAAAACACAUUCAUUCUUUUAAGCUUUGAAGUUUGGGUAACCAAGAUAAUCCAUGUUAUGAAUGUCGUACUGUGUAUCUUUUAUGUAUUAGAACAUGUUUAAGCACCUGGCUCUGAAUGAUGUUUGAUGGAGAACGAGUUACCUAUUGGGAUAUGAAUUGCAUGAAAUGCAGUGAAGUCUCUCAAAUGUAUUGCUAAAUACCAAGUAAUAACUAUGCAUAGAUUUUAAAUGCAUUGUUCCCUGAAAAAAAAUGAAAUGAAAUGAGCACUGAAUUUUAAAAAAGGACAAGCACGUUGUCAUUGUACAGUGUAUUUGUUUUAGAGAAUUGAUCAAGAAGAAUUUGACAAUAUUCAGAUUAAAAGCCCUGUAAAGUAUUUUGAUAUUUUUGUGUGUAAAAUUAAAAAGGACGGAUUAAGACAACUGAACUUUUUUUUGUCAAUAAAUGUAUUUUACUGAGUUGUUUUA